ACAGAAUCAAAACAAAAAUCUCUUUUUUUUUCACAUUUUCAUUUUUUUUUUUUUUAAAAAAAAAAGAAAAGGGAAAUUUUUUCUUUUUACUAUAAAAUAAAAAAAAAAAUGAAUACGACAACUCAUAUUCCUAAUGAUAUUAUUCGAGAAAUAAUUUCACAUAUAAAUUCAAAAGAUAUUAAUACGUUAUAUUCAUGUUUAUUAGUUAAUCGUACAUGGUGUGAACAUAUAAUUCCAUUAUUAUGGAAGUAUCCAUUUAAUAUAAUUAAGAAAAAUCCAAGAAAACUUGUAACAAUUUAUUUUAAUUAUUGUGAUGAACAAACAAAAUCUAUUACUCGUACCGUAAAUCAUAAUAAAACACUCAUUAAAUAUCCUUCAUAUCUUCAAAAAGUUUCAUUCAUGAAGAUUUAUGAUGCAAUAUUAGAUUGGGUAUUAUUUAAUAACGAUAAAACUGAGAAUAAUGAAGAAAUCAAAAGUUUUCCAUCAAAAAAAGAUCAAAUAUUUUCAAUUAUGUUAUCAAAGGAAAUGUUAAAAAUGUUUUUAAAUAAUUCUCCACUUUUAGAAUAUUUAAAAAUUGAUAUUUCAAGGGAAUUAAGAAGACGAACUCGUUGUGAAUUUAUUUCAUUUUCUUCUUCUUUAAAUAUUAGUUUAAACAGAUUAAAUACAUUACAUUGCUCAAAUGAUAAUGCAAAUAAUGAAAUACUUAAAGUAAUAGCACAAUCAACAACAACGAUUAAGAAUAUAAUCAUUUUCGAAAAUGAUGAUUGGAAUAAUGAUAAUGUCGGCAUUGUAAAUUCAACUAUCAGUAAAUUAAUUAAAACUCAACAAGGAAUUGAAAGAGUGACUAUUAAUCAAGUUAGUAAAGGAAUAACUGAAAUUCUUUCUUCGCUUAAAUCUCAAAAAAAUACUUUAAAAGAAAUUCAUUUUAAUCACGUAUCAUUUGGUAAAGAUGAAAAUGCCUUAAAAUAUAUUUCCGAUUUUAGUGAAAAUCUCAAAGAACUUAGAUUUAGAAAUUGUUAUAAUUUAACCAAUAACGUCAUGAAAGAAUUAUUAAGUAUUGAAUUUCCUAAAUUAAUUUCAUUAGAAAUUAAUAAUGAUGAUUAUUUUUCAAAUACUGAAAAUUAUCCCACGAAAGAAAUUCUCGAAUUAAUUAAAAAUCUAGGAAAUAAUUUAUCCGAAUUAAUUUUAAAUACGUCAUCACUUUCAAACUCAAUAUUUCAUCAUAUUAAAAAUUAUUGUAAUAAUUUAACCACACUUGGAUUGGAUAUUGGUUACAAUCAAUUAUUACUUUUAUUUGAAUUAUUCAAAUCAUUAAAUAAAUUAGAAAGAUUUAUCGUACAAAGUGAUGGUGGUUCAAUUCAUAUUGAUAAUUGGUUGAAAAAAAUUCCUCAAUCCAUUACUUCACUUGAAGUAAAUGGUUGGAUUAUUUCUCCAAAUGGAUUAAAUGAUUUUUUGAAUAUUAAUAGAAAUAAAAUUAAUAUUCUAUCUUGGAGAUUACCUACAAAUGUGAAUUUUAAUGAUUAUUCUAAUAUUAUCGAUAAUUAUAUUAUUAAAAAUAAUCUUUAUUUUGUUAAAAGUUUACAAAAUCAUUAUCAAAAAGGUCAAUAUUGGGAUGAAGUUAGAAUAGAAUUCAUUUAGAUGCGUAACGCGGACAAGUAUAUUCCUAAGCUGAAAUUUAUUUAGAUUUCCGUAUAAUUUAUUUAUUUAGAACUUUUAGAAUUUUUAUUUUCGUUAUUACUUAUUUAUACUUAUAUAUAGAUCUUCGUUAAUAUUUAUAUUUAUACUUUAUAGAUUUUCGUUAAUAUUUUAAUAUCGUCCGUUUAUAUUAUCAUUUCAUGUUUCAUGCUUUUUUUUCGUAGAUAGAAUUUACAAACAACACGCAAAUCGUAUCUGUUUAUUUAUUUAUUUGUCGUUUUAAUAUAAUACAUAUAAUACGUAUAGAAAAAAUUUCACUAACACUACAAACAUCACAUCACAAACACCACACACAAACGCAAGCAAAAAUUAAGAUUUAGCAAGAUAAAUUUAAUAAAAUUUAAUACUUUAAUAAUUGUUCAUUAAUGAAUGACGCUCGCUCUGCUGAUCUUC